AUGGAUCGGGAGUGCGUCGCGUCGGGCUGGGGCCGGUGGCAGGCGCGCCUGGCGGCGCUGUUGGCGCUGCCCGUGCUGCUCACCGGCAUGUACGGCACCAAUUACGUCUUCCUAGCGGCGCACACGCCGCACAGAUGUCACAUUCCGGAGUGCGAGGAUAACAGCUCGCUGUCGGCGGCUCCGGAGGCCGCGCGCUGGGCCCCCGAAUGGGGCAUCUGGGCGCUCCGAGAAGGCGACGAGUGCGUGCGCCCGCGACCACGCGGCGGCCUGUGCGACCGCGUCUCCUUCGACAACUCCACUUUGGAUCGAUGUUACUCGCACGUGUAUCGACACCGCAGCUCUAUCGUCUCCGAGUUCGACCUGGCGUGUCAGGAGUGGAAGCGCACUCUGGUGGGCACCGUGCACAACGUCGGCAUGCUGGUGUCGCUGCCGAUCAUGGGUUACGUGUCCGACAGAUGGGGUCGUAGAGCAGCGUUGGUGAUGAGCGGGACGGGGGCCGGCGUACUCGGCCUCUGCAAGUCUUUCGCCGGCUCCUAUCCGCUCUACCUCGUCAUGGAAUUCUCCGAGACCGUCUUCGGAGCCAGUGUCUAUCCCGCCGCUUUUGUCCUUAUGAUCGAGUGGCUGGGAGUGGAGCAAAGGAUUCUGGCCAGCCUGCUGCUGGGCGUACCGCUCGCGGCCGGCGCGGCAUCCCUGGCGCUACUCGACUACGUCACUGGCUACUGGCGCACCUGGGCGCGCUUCGCCUACCCGCCCUCAUUUCUUCUCGUCCUCUACUUGUGGCUGUUGCCCGAGAGCGUGCGCUGGCUUCUUGCCAACGGACGCAUCGACGAAGCCGUCGCCGCGGUAAAGCGAGCCGCUCGAGUCAACGGGGUCGCCGUACCCGAAGACGCGAUGCAAAGGAUGCUCGAGGCGGACCGGCUCCCGGAAAAGGUGGCAGUCGCAGUCGAAGAAGAGAGCUUGUUUAGAGCGUUCUUAAAGUACGGGGCACUUCGGCGACGCCUGUGCGUUUGUUUCGCGUGGUGGGCGUCGGCUGUGUUCGUGUUUUACGGCCUGGCGGUCCGCUCGCACGCUUUGGCGGGUUCAGCGCACGCCAACUACGCGCUGCUCGCUGCCGCCGAGUUACCCGCACUGGUGCUCAACACGCUGCUGUUGGAUCGCGCAGGGCGGCGGCCGCUUCUCACCUUUGCCUUCUUGCUCACCUCGGUGGCGCUCAUCGCCAUUCCCUGCCUGCCCGAGGGCGCCGCCGGCGUCGGUACGACGCUGUUCCUCGCCGGCAAAGCUGGGGCUACGAUGGCGCUGAACGCGCUCUACCUGUACACGGCCGAGCUGUUCCCGACCCGGGCGCGACAGCGUCUUCUGGCGGCUUGCUCGACGUGCGGCCGCAUCGGCGCGAUUCUCGCGCCGCAGAUGCCGCUCCUCGCUGCCUACGGGGCCUGGGUGCCGACGGCAGUGCUGGGCGCGCUACCGCUGCUGAGCGCCGCGCUCACUCGACUGGUGCCGGACACGUUGGGGCGCGCCCUGCCGGACUCUUUCGCGGACCUCGAUACCAGCGCCACUGACCUCUCUGCUGCGCCUUGA